UUUUAGUUCGACAUGUGUUUCAGGCAAUUUAAAAACUCAGUCCAGUACAACAUAAGUCUCGAAAAAGAAGUUAGGCAAAUUAGUUUAAAUUAUAGUUGAAAGUGGGAGAGUGAAGUCACAUAGAAGGAACCAAGAGAAAGAUGACUUUCAAGAAAUUACUGUUUGUGUGCAUGGGCAACUCGUGCGGCUCUCCGAUGGCCGAGGUGAUUAUGCAGAAUCUGAUGGUCAAGACGAGUCUCUACUGGGAAGUGGACAGUGCUGGUCUGAGGACAUGGAACACUGGACGCCGACCGAACAAACGCUGCCUGCAAAUUCUGCGGGAGCACGGACUGCGAUCCGAUCACUUUUGUCGUCAGUUCACUGUGAACGAUUUCCUGUACUUCGAUUAUGUCGUGGCAAUGGAUGAGGCCGUGUACAAAGAGCUGCUCCUCUGGGCUGGGGAGAACCGGGCCGACAAACACUGCCAGGUGCUUCUGCUGAGCUCGUUUGGCAAGAAUGGACUGCCCACCUAUAUAGACAGUCUGUCUCCUACCCACAAGCUGAAGAUCUUUCGAUCCGCCUAUUACCGAAUCAAAGAGUGCUGCAAGCAGCUCAUCCUCAGCCAAAAGGUGGACAUAGUUAAGUACGAGCUGCCCAGCACCGAGGACGAUGAUCUCUACUACUCCGGCAAGGAAAAAGCGCCGCAGGAGUCAGCUAGGGCGAACCACGUGCCGGAUGCGAGCCAAAAGAGUUCCAUAUUUCUGCUACCCACGGAUAUCAGAUCCCCCGGCGGACUGAUGUCCUCGUCGACCGACCCGUCCAAUUCGAAGACCUCAAUGCCGUCCUACAGCCAAGGAGUACAGCGAAAACUGUGCCAGAAGUGCGGACAGAAGUUUCUGGCUGCCCUUUAGUGUCUCUGACUAAUAUUCGAAGGCGAAUCAAUUUUGCGCUAAGAUUGCGUAGCGUAUGAAAUAAAAUGAAAUUGACUUUUA